AUGCUAACUAACUGCAAGUCAGAGGGACAUACUGAGGUGUCUGAGCCCACUGAGGUAUCUGAGCCCAUUGAGGUGUCUGAGCCCACUGAGGUGUCUGAGCCCACUGAGGUGUCUGAGCCCACUGAGGUAUCUGAGCCCAUUGAGGUAUCUGAGCCCACUGAGGUAUCUGAGCCCACUGAGGUAUCUGAGCCCACUGAGGUGUCUGAGCCCACUGAGGUAUCUGAGCCCACUGAGGUAUCUGAGCCCACUGAGGUGUCUGAGCCCACUGAGGUAUCUGAGCCCACUGAGGUAUCUGAGCCCACUGAGGUAUCUGAGCCCAUUGAGGUAUCUGAGCCCAUUGAGGUGUCUGAGCCCACUGAGGUGUCUGAGCCCACUGAGGUAUCUGAGCCCACUGAGGUGUCUGAGCCCACUGAGGUGUCUGAGCCCACUGAGGUAUCUGAGCCCAUUGAGGUAUCUGAGCCCAUUGAGGUGUCUGAGCCCACUGAGGUGUCUGAGCCCACUGAGGUAUCUGAGCCCAUUGAGGUAUCUGAGCCCACUGAGGUGUCUGAGCCCACUGAGGUAUCUGAGCCCAUCGAGGUGUCUGAGGCCACUGAGGUGUCUGAGCCCACUGAGGUAUCUGAGCCCAUUGAGGUAUCUGAGCCCAUUGAGGUGUCUGAGCCCACUGAGGUAUCUGAGCCCAUCGAGGUGUCUGAGGCCACUGAGGUGUCUGAACCCACUGAGGUAUCUGAACCCACUGAGGUGUCUGAGGCCAUUGAGGUGUCUGAGGCCACUGAGGUAUCUGAACCCAUUGAGGUAUCUGAACCCACUGAGGUGUCUGAGCCCACUGAGGUAUCUGAACCCACUGAGGUGUCUGAACCCAUUGAGGUGUCUGAGCCCACUGAGGUGUCUGAGCCCACUGAGGUAUCUGAACCCACUGAGGUAUCUGAACCCACUGAGGUGUCUGAGGCCAUUGAGGUGUCUGAGGCCACUGAGGUGUCUGAGCCCACUGAGGUAUCUGAACCCACUGAGGUAUCUGAGCCCACUGAGGUGUCUGAGCCCACUGAGGUAUCUGAACCCACUGAGGUGUCUGAGGCCACUGAGGUGUCUGAGCCCACUGAGGUAUCUGAGCCCACUGAGGUGUCUGAGCCCACUGAGGUAUCUGAACCCAUUGAGGUAUCUGAGCCCACUGAGGUGUCUGAGCCCACUGAGGUAUCUGAACCCACUGAGGUAUCUGAACCCACUGAGGUGUCUGAGGCCAUUGAGGUGUCUGAGGCCACUGAGGUGUCUGAGCCCACUGAGGUAUCUGAACCCACUGAGGUAUCUGAACCCACUGAGGUGUCUGAGGCCAUUGAGGUGUCUGAGGCCACUGAGGUGUCUGAGCCCACUGAGGUGUCUGAACCCACUGAGGUGUCUGAGCCCACUGAGGUGUCUGAGCCCACUGAGGUAUCUGAGCCCACUGAGGUGUCUGAGCCCACUGAGGUGUCUGAGCCCACUGAGGUGUCUGAGCCCACUGAGGUGUCUGAGCCCACUGAGGUGUCUGAACCCAUUGAGGUGUCUGAGCCCACUGAGGUGUCUGAGCCCACUGAGGUAUCUGAGCCCACUGAGGUGUCUGAGCCCAUUGAGGUGUCUGAGCCCACUGAGGUGUCUGAGCCCACUGAGGUGUCUGAACCCACUGAGGUGUCUGAGCCCACUGAGGUGUCUGAGCCCACUGAGGUGUCUGAGCCCACUGAGGUGUCUGAACCCACUGAGGUAUCUGAGCCCACUGAGGUGUCUGAGCCCACUGAGGUAUCUGAGCCCACUGAGGUGUCUGAGCCCACUGAGGUGUCUGAGCCCACUGAGGUAUCUGAGCCCACUGAGGUGUCUGAGCCCACUGAGGUGUCUGAACCCAUUGAGGUGUCUGAGCCCAUUGAGGUGUCUGAGCCCACUGAGGUGUCUGAGCCCACUGAGGUGUCUGAGCCCACUGAGGUGUCUGAGCCCACUGAGGUGUCUGAGCCCACUGAGGUGUCUGAACCCAUUGAGGUGUCUGAGGCCACUGAGGUAUCUGAGCCCACUGAGGUAUCUGAACCCAUUGAGGUGUCUGAACCCACUGAGGUAUCUGAACCCAUUGAGGUAUCUGAGCCCACUGAGGUAUCUGAACCCAUUGAGGUAUCUGAACCCACUGAGGUGUCUGAGGCCAUUGAGGUGUCUGAACCCAUUGAGGUAUCUGAGCCCACUGAGGUAUCUGAACCCAUUGAGGUAUCUGAACCCACUGAGGUGUCUGAGGCCAUUGAGGUGUCUGAGGCCACUGAGGUGUCUGAGCCCACUAAGGUAUCUGAGCCCAUUGAGGUGUCUGAGCCCAUUGAGGUAUCUGAGCCCAUCGAGGUGUCUGAGCCCACUGAGGUGUCUGAGCCCAUUGAGGUGUCUGAGCCCAUUGAGGUGUCUGAGCCCACUGAGGUGUCUGAACCCAUUGAGGUGUCUGAGCCCACUGAGGUGUCUGAGCCCAUUGAGGUGUCUGAGCCCACUGAGGUGUCUGAGCCCAUUGAGGUGUCUGAGCCCACUGAGGUGUCUGAACCCAUUGAGGUGUCUGAGCCCACUGAGGUGUCUGAGCCCACUGAGGUGUCUGAGCCCAUUGAGGUGUCUGAGCCCACUGAGGUGUCUGAGCCCACUGAGGUAUCUGAGCCCACUGAGGUAUCUGAGCCCACUGAGGUGUCUGAGCCCACUGAGGUGUCUGAGCCCACUGAGGUGUCUGAGCCCACUGAGGUAUCUGAGCCCAUUGAGGUGUCUGAGCCCAUUGAGGUAUCUGAGCCCACUGAGGUAUCUGAGCCCAUUGAGGUGUCUGAGCCCACUGAGGUGUCUGAGCCCACUGAGGUAUCUGAGCCCAUUGAGGUAUCUGAGCCCACUGAGGUAUCUGAGCCCACUGAGGUAUCUGAGCCCAUUGAGGUAUCUGAGCCCACUGAGGUAUCUGAGCCCACUGAGGUAUCUGAGCCCACUGAGGUAUCUGAGCCCACUGAGGUGUCUGAGCCCACUGAGGUGUCUGAGCCCACUGAGGUGUCUGAGCCCACUGAGGUAUCUGAGCCCAUUGAGGUGUCUGAGCCCACUGAGGUAUCUGAGCCCACUGAGGUAUCUGAGCCCAUUGAGGUGUCUGAGCCCACUGAGGUGUCUGAGCCCACUGAGGUAUCUGAGCCCAUUGAGGUGUCUGAGCCCACUGAGGUGUCUGAGCCCACUGAGGUAUCUGAGCCCACUGAGGUGUCUGAACCCAUUGAGGUGUCUGAACCCAUUGAGGUGUCUGAGCCCACUGAGGUGUCUGAGCCCACUGAGGUGUCUGAGCCCACUGAGGUAUCUGAGCCCAUUGAGGUGUCUGAACCCAUUGAGGUGUCUGAGCCCACUGAGGUGUCUGAACCCAUUGAGGUGUCUGAGCCCACUGAGGUGUCUGAGCCCACUGAGGUGUCUGACUGUUAUGUCAUGCCUACAUCUUAA